UCAGGCAUUGAAAGAGGCCUAAUACUGUCUUGCUUAAGAAACAGAACAGUCACAGCAUGGGGAAAAAAUCUUUUGGCUUUCUGAUAUUGGGAGUCCUCUUAGCAGGUUAUAUUUAUGAACCUCUUCCAGAUAAUGUUGAAGAACCAUGGAAAAUAAUGCUGCUAAAUACCUUUUUAAAAACUUCAUCAUAUUUGGCCCAGUUUGCUGAAAUAUUGGGGCUAAACCAUUUCAUGAAAUCGAUGACAUUCUUUUCAAGCUUUCAAGGUUUUCCACCAACAUCAGACGAAAACAUAACUGUGAGAGAUACCACAUUCAACGAUAUUCCUGUCCGUGUAUACGUGCCCCAACGGAAAAUAAAAUCGUUAAGAAGAGGCUUGUUUUAUAUUCAUGGUGGUGGUUGGAGUUUGGGUAGUAAUGAUUAUUAUACCUAUGACCUUCUGUCAAGAUGGACAGCAGACAGACUUGACGCAGUUGUCAUAUCAACCAACUACAGACUAGCCCCAAAGUACCAUUUCCCAGUUCAAUUUGAAGAUGUGUACACUGCAUUAAAAUGGUUUUUAGACCCCCAAAUUCUUGAGAGCUAUGGUGUAGAUCCUGGAAGAAUCGGUGUCUCUGGAGACAGCGCUGGAGGGAAUUUAGCUGCAGCAGUAGCACAGCAGCUCUUAGAAGAUCCAGAUGUCAAGAUCAAGCUUAAGGUCCAAUCUUUAAUAUAUCCUGCCCUUCAGAAUUUUGAUUUCGAUUUACCAUCAUAUCAAGAAAAUGCACAUUAUCCAGUUCUGUCGAAAUCACUCAUGGUCAGAUUCUGGAGUGAAUAUUUUACUACAGAUAGAUCACUUAAGAAAGCAAUGCUUUCCAACCAACACAUUCCUCUGGAAUCAAGCCAUCUGUUCAAAUUUGUUAAUUGGAGUUCUUUGCUCCCUGAGAAGUUUAAGAAAGGCCACGUUUAUAAGACUCCAACUCAUGGUAGUUCGGAGCUGGCUAAAAAAUAUCCAGGGAUUCUAGAUGUGAAAGCUUCACCAUUGCUAGCUGAUGACAGCAAGUUGCGUGGUUUACCCCUGACCUAUGUCAUCACUUGUCAGUAUGAUGUCUUAAGAGAUGAUGGACUCAUGUAUGUUACUCGACUUCAGAAUUCUGGAGUUCGAGUGAUCCAUAACCACAUAGAGGGUGCAUUCCAUGGAAUACUUUCUUUUCUUUUUACUAAAGUUGGUUAUAGAGCAGCUGAUCAGUAUAUUAAUUGGCUACAUGAAAACCUGUAGUAAAAAUCUGAUCAAUAUAGAAAAAGGUAAGCCCCAGAAUUUCAGGAAAAAAGGACAAUAACCCAAUGGAUUCCUGUUAGGAACACAUGUUUUAUCUACCACAGUCUUCCUAAAUCCACAUGUACAUAACUGUUGUUGUUGUCAAGGAAUGAUUUUUAUAGGUUAGUCUCAGAGUAAUUCACUCACUUUUGUUCCUCAGAAUAGAUAGAUAUUAUUUAUCUCUAGCAUGAAUUAAGUUGUUUCUCUAAGUAUUUUUUGUCCCAGUUCAAUAUCAACUGUUCACCAUUGCAAAAUACAUUUCUUAGUGCACAAUUCAUCUCCUUAGUCCAGAAAAAUGAAAUAUAAGUCAUUAUAUAUUAAAGAUAUCUGGAUCUCUUGAAUUUUGAUGAGAGGGUAGGGAGAACUUACUUUAACCAGACAAAAGCAACAUAUACAUUUGGUUAAUCUGGGUCCUUGAGAUUGGCAAGGAGUCAGUGUAAGUAAAUAAUUCCAAAUAUGCAUGGCUGAUCAGUAAUAGGAGAAACACAAGUAAACAAAAUAUAUAUGUAUGUACAUAUGUAUAUAUAUGUACACAUAUAUGUGUGACAUAUGCUUGUAUAUGUAUAUAUGUGUAAACACACACACCAUACAUAUAUCCAUAUCCACAUACCAAACCUCAAUAUAGUAAUAUGUAUUCUAAAAUAAUUCUGGGAAAAUUAAUUAUUGAGGAAUGAAAUAGGUGAGUUUGAAGAUGUUUUACUUGAAAUAAAUUGAUUUUUAAAAAUUGUGUGUGUGCCCCUAAUGGAGACUUCCUGAAACAUUAUGAAUUCAAUAAUUUGAAAAACGCAUUUCAGAAGUCUUUGUGGAAUACUUUUGAAAGGUUGUUGCUGAAUGAUAAGACGCCGGGAUUCUUGGCCUCCGGAGGAGAUGAAUUCAGUCCAGGGCCAGAGACGAGGCUGGAUCACUCAGAGCUUUGUGUAAUAAAGUUUUAUUGAAGUAUAAAGGAGAUAGAGAAAGCUUCUGACAUAGGCAUCAGAAGGGGGCAGAAAGAGUACCCCCCUGUUAGUCUUCAGCUGGAUGUUACAUGGUCACAAGUUGUCUGUUAAUGAAAAGAAAGGAAUGUUUUAAAAUUCAGAAUGGUACCAGGCCCCUCAUCCAUAAAUUGCAUUUUGUGAUAAUCCUGGCACCAGAUGAUUCAUCCCAGGCCAUAAAAUGAUUGACUUGAAUCUUGUAGAAGGGCAGGUUACCACACAAAUAGUUUCGUUUACAUAGAUUAGGGGAACAAUACCUGAGUAUAACAUACUGGUUUGUCAAGUAGGUUCUGAGCCAUUUGGAUUGAAGACAGAGUCUGGGGUACAUUAACAUAGCUUAAGACAAACAUUUCCAUAAGAAAAAUGUACUGGUUAACUCAAGGUUUGAGAAUAGUUAGCUUCAGGUGAAACCAGGUGUCAUGGCAACAGAGCAUUUUAAGAGAAACCUCCUUUUAAAUUUGUAGAGAAGGAAAAAAAUAUCUCUAGUUUGUUUCCUCCUGCCACUUAAGAGAGAUAAAAAUGUCUGGCACUUGCAGCUUAUUUCCUCCAUUUGGAGACCCCUGGCCUUCCUGCCUGUUACCCGCCCUCUUACUUUCGUUACUGGUGUUUGCCAUUAUCCUCUGGUUGCCUCAAAGGGUGCUGCAACAGAAAAAUUUAGCUAAUAAAGACGGCCCAGUGUUACUCAAAGUUCAGUGUACUAAACAUUCAUGCUUAACUGAAUCAAUGUAUUAUUACAUGUGAUACUAUAACAUAAAACAAGCAAAAUCACUGCCAAAUAAGUGAAUGCACAUGAAUAGAGCUGGUGAGGGACAGGGAAGCCUGGUGGGUUGCAGUCCAUGGGGUCACAGAGUCGGACUGAGCGACUGACCUGACUGAUGAAUUUGACAAGAACUAGGUACAGAUGUGUAAUUCCUAUAUGAUUAUCAUUUAUACUUUCUUAAGCUUACACCUGAUUAUUUCAUAUUUAAGGCCAUUGCAAAUUUCAGUGUUUUCUUUUUGUAAUUUUCAUUUUCUAAUUGUUGAUAUCAGGAAUAUAGAAGCACACUUGCUUUUAUAUAUUGAUCUUAUUAUAUCCCAAGACCUUGCUUAAUUUACUUAUUAGUUGUAAUAGCUUUAGACUAAAUGAUUUAUGAUUUACUUUGUAGGUAAUCCUGUCAUCUGUGAAUAAGAGUUAAUUAUUCCUUAAAAAUAUGUAUGUCUUUUAUGUCUCUUUCUUGUUUUAUUGCACUGUCUAGGAUCUCCAGUAUAAUUUUAGGUACAGAAAAUUUGAAGAGAAUGGAGACUAUUUUUUUUCCAGUGUUCAGAUUUUAACUAUUAGGUCAAUCAUUUAACUGUUUGAUAUUAGGUCUGUAUUUUAGAGCUCGUUUUCACCAAAUGUGUGUAUUUUCUUCUGACUCAAGUUUCCUUGGUGACUUUGGGACCAGAAAAUAAUUGUUGGAUUUUGUCUAAUAUGGUUGCUACAUAAAAUAAGAUAAAAUAUGUUUUUUUAAAAUUCAGUUUAUCUCGUUGAUUAAUCUACAAAGUUGAUCAGUUUUUGUAUUCAGUAGAUGAAUUCCAUAAUGGCAUACAAUACUUUAUAUAAUACUUUUCUUCCUUUCUUUUUUUAAAUAACAGAUUUUUAUUCCAACUAGAGACUCUUAAUUGUGCUCCAUCAGCAUUAGGGUACUUGACAGUCAGUGAGUGACUAUAAAUUCAGCCCCACAUUUUUAUCAAAUGCCCAUCAUGAUGCCUUCGCUCUCUGCUAAAGAAAAGGGGAAAUCAUCAACAGAAAUUUCUGUCAGGUGGGAUAAAAAUGCACAACAAAAAACACAGCACAAAGUGCUCUCAUGUGUAAUUCCCCACAAGACUGGCUCUGUAUCAUUCCAUUCAGUCUAUGCCAAGCCUGCUUAUUUUGUCGAAGGUCUUUGAGAGACCCCCGCACUGUCCCACAGCCUGUGAGGUCUCCUGUGUUCAUGCACUUGCCUUCUUACCAGCUUUUGAAGUUGAUGAUUUCUUGCUCAGCUCUGACAUCCUACUUUGCCUUUUGCCUUUUCUUUUGACUUAUUCAUCAUUGAUAAUUUAAUCAUAGUUGUUUGUGGGAACCUCUGUUGUGCAUAUCCUCCUUCAUCUCUACAUUUUGCAACUGCUUGAUGCAAUCUGAGCUUCUAGUUCACCUGGAGAGAGAGCAUCAGUAGUAGCUCCUCUAAAAAGAAAUAAAAUGAACACAAAUAUUCUCCACCCCACCUCCUCUUGACAAGACUUUCAUUUGGCUGCUUAUUUUAAAUAAAUUUACAUAUUUUAAAAUGGAAAGAAAGGCAAAUGCUGUAUGAUAUCACUUAUAUGUGGGAUCUAAAAUCUACAACAAACUAAUGAAUACAACCAAAAGAAGCAGACGUGGAUAUAGAGGACGUACUGGUGAUUACAGGGAUGGGAGCGAUAUAAGAGUGGGGAGCAGGAGGUACAAACUGUCGGGUGUAAGAUAGGCUAGAAGGCUGCGCUCUGUAACAUGGGGAAUAUAGCCAAUAUUUUGCUGUAGCUGUAAAUUGAGCAUAACCUUUAAAAAUUGUAUUAAAAAGUUUUUUAAGGAUACAAGUUAGAAAAUGUAUGUUUUCAGAAAAAAUAAUUUAAAAGCAUGUGUGGUCAAAAAAGAGAAAACCCAGUUAGUAUUUUCAUGAGGCCACCUUUUUGAAAAUUUGGUAAUUUUUUGGUGAACAUUCUACUCAGAAUGGUUUUCCAAGAAAAGCACGUUUUCCUGCAGUAUUUUCUCUAAAUAUCCUGAAUUGGCUAGGUUGGGAUGAUUCAAAACACCCUGGUCACCAUCAUACCAUAACAUCACAUUUGGCUUUAUUCCCUCUGCUGAAGACAAGACAUUUUAAAAUAUUACCUUUUCUGUAAGAGUAAUUUGUUAAUACUUUGCUCAAGAUUUUUAUCUAUGUCCUUGAAGAACAUUGAUAUGCAUUUCUCUUUUCUUUGUAAUGCCCUGUCUGCUUUAGUAUCAUAAUGCUGGUCUCCUAAAAAUGAGUAGAAAUACCACUUUGUGUAGCAUUCAUAGUAUGUCUUCCUUAAAUAUUUGAAAGAACUCAAAGACACCUAGUACUACAGUUUUCUUUGUGAAAUUUUUAAUUUAACUUCUGUGAUAGGUAUACAGGACUGAAACACCUUAUUUUUUUAAAUAUCAGUGUUAGUACUUUACAUUAAAAAAAAAACUAUCUUCUUAGUAGUAGACACUUUCUAAAAUGACUCCCCAUCUCUUGCUCUUCACACACAACCAUGCAUGUUGGCUUUCCCCUUUCUAUGAGCUGGACUUCAUGCUUUCCCUUUUAGGCAUAGAAUAGGGCAAUAAUGAGGACACGGAAUUUCCAAUAUUGGGUUGUAAAAGGCUGUGACUUCUCCU